CACCUGUCAGUUCAGACUCGGAGCGAGUGUCCAGCCUCGUCUCUCUGUUUUUCUCCAAGAUACAGGUCUUCUUUUGUCAAGAAUAAAUGAUAAUCCUGUGUUUGCAUUUGACACUUAAUUGAGGACAGCGUCUAACACGGUCUUUUAUCUGCUACCGAGUAGGCCUGUGCAGGCAUGGAGCCCCUGGCAGUGGAUGAUGACAUUUGCAUCCUUAAACAUGAGACAGCCUACACUGCUGCUGGUGAGAGUCCUGUGUCGGUGUGCGCCGGUGACGAAUCUGUUGCUUCCCACUUCGCCCUGGUCACGGCCUAUGAGGACAUCAAGAAGCGGCUGAGAGACACGGAGCGAGAGAAUACCUUGCUGAGGAAGAGAGUUAAGCAGCUAGAGGACAAGCUCUUCAGGCCAGAUGCUCCUCCAUCGGAGGGUCCCCAGUACGUAAACAAGGCCUUCAGUGCUUAUCGAGGGAUCUAUAUAGAGAAGGAGGAUCUGCAGAUGGAGCUUAACAAACUGAAAAAGGAGAAGAGUGAGAGUGAGAGGUUGCUGACGGAGCAGCUCCAGGCCAAAGAGUUGGAGCUGCUUCAGCUGAGGACAGAGAUGGAGACAAGCCAAGUGAUGAAGAGCCUGAACAGCUCUCAGGACUACUGGCAGGUGGACAGGGUCAGCCCCGAGCUAAAGAUCCACAAACUGCAGGAGGAGCUAGAGAGGGUGACGCUGGAGAACAGCCGGCUGCUGGAGAGAAACGUGGAGGAAUGCCACGGCCUUAACGGACCAGACUUGGACCAGACCUGUGAUGCAAAUUAUAACGCAAGGGAGAGGAGCAUGCAGCAGACAUACAAGGCUCUGUGCUGUGAGGUCACUCGUCUCCAUUCAGAGCUGAAGCACCAAACAGGCCUGAUUAGGAAACUCCGGCCAUGGAUCGGUGAGACAAGACAAGCUGCCUCAACAGUUCCAAUCCAAUGUCUGGACGACGUGGAAAAGAACAACAACCACCCAGUCCCUCGGGCGUCAGUGCCUCGUCCUCCCAGUGCCCCCCCACUCCCGUCCUGCUCUGGCCGCCCCUGCCCCCCUGUCGGCGGCCCAUCAGGCACCCUGCUGCCAGACAGUCUGAGGGAGGACUGCUGGUACAACGGGCCCUGGCCCUCUCAGAGCUGCUCGGGAGAGGCUCUGCUCGGCGGCGACACCGUGCUGCCGCCGCCUCCCCUGAACCAGGCCUCUCUGGAUGACAGCUCACGGUCCUUCCCCAGUCCCCCCAAACCCAGUGACGCCAUGUUCUGGGAGGGACACUCUGCUGCAUCCAACUCCUCAUCGUCAAUGGGAAACUGCAGUCCCAGGAGCCCUCCCAAUAAGGAGUGGGCCAAGCCCUUUUAAGAUGAACUUUGAUGGGAGGAUAGAUGAUUAAAAAGUGGGUGGAAAAUAAUCGAAUGAAGGAAUGAUAAACUCUCCAAACCCUGCCACAUAGCUACCACCUAACCUGCCUUAAGAUGAUGAGACCACUCCUCUGGGGUGCAGUAGACUGGACCUGCUGGUUGUGGGAACUAAUUGAGGCCAGAAGAGGCCUUUUUUCAAGGUAAAGAUUGACAACUCAUUAAUUUGCCAUCCCUGCACACCGCAUCGGUGAACAUAUCUGACUUUGCAGCGGAGAACGUUGAUCAGAGACCUUCGACAGAAUAAAUAGUUUGUCCAUGUGUAUGUGUCCUUGUAUGCACAUGCAUAAGUGUGUGCAAGCAUGCAUACAAGCAGUUUAAAUUGUGUGUGUGUGUAUAUAUACGCACAUCAAACAGUGUGCCUGUGUGUGCAGAUCAGUGUGUGGGCAUCUUUCGCCUGCCUGUAUCUGUAUCUCAUCAUAAUAAACCUAAUAGGGCUCAAAGGGCCUCUUUCUCCAUAUACUGUGGCUAGUGAUUACUGGAGCCACAGCAUAGUACUAGAAUUUGUAUACCUGUACUCCCUCCAAUGCAAGACUUUUUACAUUUGAUCACUGUAAAUUAUACAAGGUAUGUACUCCCAUGUUUGUCUCAUGAUCAUGUGAAGGAGACGUCUAGGUAUGAGGAUUCGAUGUUUGUUUUUGUACUGUGAUGGAGACAGACAUACAGUAACUGUAGGAUAAUUGCAGAAUUCUGUUCCAAACUUUAAAAGCUACCAAAAUAAACCUUUGACAUUUUUUCCCCAAGAUUGUUUUCAUUGAAAUCCUUACGAGUAAUAUCAAAGUAGGCUGUCAAUCUAUCCAUGCUUACUCAAUCAUUUUUGAGAAUGCAGUAUUUAGAUCUAUUUUUGGGGGGGAGGGGAUUGUAUAAUGAGCAAGAAAUCAUAAUUUGAAUCUAAAAAUGUCCUGUGUUCUGAUAUAAUAAUUCAUCACAAUCACCUGCACCAGGAAGGAUUCAACUGUUUAUGAUUUCACAUAGCUUUGACAACCCGAGCAAGCCUCCUUAAACCUGCCUGCUUUUACAUGUUAGUUUUCUCAGACCUGCUGUAAAACAUUAAAUGUUGCAUUUUGUUUUCUCGGCUUCAACGGGACAUGUUGAUGUAAAGAUGUGCAUUGUUGGAUACUUAGGCCUUUUAAUUUGGAGGACUUGCGGAACAGGACCCAUACACUUAUCUUUUUUGAAAAUUUGAUUAGGUUGGGAUGAGGUUUGUGGAUAUUUUGAACAAUAAGAAAUGUACCUAAACUCUGCACUGUGCUGUUUAUCUUGCUGUUAAGUGAUGAUGGAAGUUUCUCACUGAUUUGUUUUUAAGAGUCAGAUGAGCAUAAACUGAAGGAUGUACAAACGAACAUAUGUUAGAUUCUAAGAUAAGCAGAAAAAAGAAUGUGCAUAUCUGUAUAAAUGUAUAUGGUGGGCUUCAGUACUCUUCCAAAUGUGGUUUUGCACUCCUAAAACAUAAGUUUUGUUUUCCUCCCCCAUCCCUAAGACUUCUGAUGUGUUUAAGAGCUGUCUGCAAUGGUGCCAAGACAGUGCUGUAUUAACUUGAAGAAAUGUGAGCUGUGACUUGACAAAUAGGUGCACAAAGCACAAAGGCCCAUGUUUGUUGAAAAGACUUUUUGUUUUUCCAUUUUUCUUCAAUCUGUUUCAUAACUGUGGUCUUUUUGUUGUUAAUUUCUAAGAAAUCUUAUUUUACAGCAGUAGUUUCAUACUUCUGUAAACAAUUUGCAAACCAAAAUGCAAUGUACAGUAGAUAUGGAUUAUAUUUUAGAUUUACUGCACUUCAGACUGUUUGUAAAUAUGAUCAAAUAAAUGAAUGAAAGGACGCAACUGUG